UGUAUUUUGUAUAGGUUUAUCUUGCUUUGUAUUUUGUUUCACCCACCUGCUGUAGUCUGCAGAAAAGAUCAUGGCAUCUUCCUCAUCUCGCCAAAAUAAUGUGAGAGAUGGUGCUUUCUCCCAGACUAGUCCUGAAUCCAGAAGGGUAGAGUCAUCUACCUCACCCAGAUUGUUUGAUGUCUUCAUCAACCACCAUGGCCCAGAUGUUAAAGCUACUUUGGCUCUUCAUCUCUAUAAUUCUCUUCAAUCUGAGGGAUUUCGAGCAUUUCUUGAUUGCAAAGAGAUAGAAUUGGGAGAGUUGUUUCCUUCUACCAUUGAGAGUGCAAUUAGCUCUUCUUUAGUUCACAUUGCCAUUUUCUCAAAAGGAUAUGUACAGUCCGAUUGGUGUUUAGAUGAGCUCACUCUCGUGUCGAAAAGUAACGCUGAGAUUAUUCCUGUGUUCUAUGAUGUGAUCCCUUCAGAUCUCCGGUGCAUCGGAAAGACAAAGGGAGUGUAUGCAGAUGUAUUUGCUGAAUACGAGCAUUCUGGAAAACACAUUAGAACACUUGAGAAGUGGAAGGAAUCCCUUCUGUUUCAUUCAUUAGUGAUAUGAGCUCAACAAGCAUGACAACAAUAUCGAGGAGCUAUGUAAAAAGGUAGUAUCUACUGUUGCGAAAGAAAUAGAAAAGACAAAGUCUUUGAAUGUUCCAAAACAUCCAGUGGGAAUUGAUGACAUUGUAGAGGAUUUUGAAAGGCAUUGCACAGAGAAGAGAGAAGAGAAAGCAAAUAUCAUUGGCAUUUUUGGCAUGGGGGUUCCGGCAAGACCACUCUGGCCAUAGAAAUAUUCAAUCGCAAGCAUUUAGAGUACCAUGGAUCAUGCUUUCUGUUUGAUGUAAGAAAAGCUUCCAACAAAAGCGAAUUGCCUUCUUUAGAGGCUAAGCUUCUCAGAGAUCUGGUCCAAGAAAAAUAUCACAAAUUUCAGAGUAUAGAGGAAGGGACCAGUGCACUCACACAUAAUCUAAGAAGAGCUCACUGUUUUUGCUUCCUAAUUAUUUUAGAUGAUAUUGAUAACAUGGACCAAUUAAAUGCUCUAUUGGUGGCAGAUGUGCUGAAUUCUAAUAGCUUGGUAAUGGUCACAACCCAUGAUGAGAGGGUGCUCAUAAAGGCAGGAAUUAGUCAGCGUUAUUAUAAAUUGAAGGAAAUGAACAUAGAUCAUAGCAAGCAACUCUUCUGUUGGCAUGAAUUCAGUCAAUCAUGCCCCUCAAGUGGAUAUGAGCAUUUGGUUGACAGCUUUGUAAAAGCAUGUGCAGGUUCACCCUUAUCUCUUAAGGUGUUGGGAGGACAUUUAUUUGGUAGUGCUGACAAACAGUGUUAGAAGCUACAACUGGAAAAUGUUUAUACAACCUUAGAUAAGGAUGUAAAAUACAGGCUUAAAAUUAGCUAUGAUGCACUUGACAGUGAUCAACAACAAAUCUUUAUGGACACUGUAUGUUUCUUCAUCGGUGAAGAACAAAGCAUGGCUAUUAGAAUAUGGGAGUCAUCCGGAUGGAAUUCUCUGCAAGCAAUUCAAAGGCUGGAAGAUAAAUGUCUAAUUGAAAUUGUUGACGGUGGCAUGCUACCUCUUUUCCAAGUUUGGAAGGGUGAUGAGUACACCCCAAUGCUGUCUUCAGAAUGCAUGACCACCUCCGUGAUCUGGGAAGAGAUCUGGGAAGAGAAAUAGUAGAGAAACAAGGCCCAGAUGAACUGAGUCCUCCUCUUCGCCUAUGGCAUCCCAACCAUCUUAGAUAUUUGGAAUCAAGAGGAUGCCAAAACAUUCUCACUGCAAGCAAGGGCCGUAGCUUGUGGUGUUUCCAUAGUUUUUAGACCCCUCCAUUUGUUUUAAUAUUUCAUAUGUUUUAGGAAAUUCAAACGAUUGCCUUGAUGCAUUAACGGUUCUGCUAUGGCUUUGUCUUGAACCGAUGAGUGGUGAACGCACAAGCAUUCCUCCAUGGAGUCCUAUGCAAAAUUUGCAGUGUUUAACAACUGUUAAGGGAGUUUUCAACAAAUUGGGGCUGAACAAUGCACAGGAUUACCGUCGAUGGAUGUUGGGAGCUUGAAGAGUUGUCAUGUGCACAUCUCAGUUGCCUGGAGAAUAUUACGAUUAAUGGAUGUUGGAUGCUGCGGAAUAUAACAGGUUAUGAAAGGUUGGAUCAGCUGAAAUAUCUGCAACUUUCAGCAAUAUACAAUGGAGGCAUCAUACUGAAUUGCAUUAAAAAAAUUCAGAGGCUUCCAUCAGAGUCUACAAUUAUAAGUGGACAUGCCGUGGAUGGAGCCGAGUCGAUUUUAAACACAAAUCUUUUCUUCAGUCAGAUCGAUGCCGAUGCAGUAAAUGAAAUUGAUAGGAAUGAACUGGGUGUGUUUGAGGUAUCACUAAACAUGGCAAACUCCUUGUGUGCAAUCAUCGUAUGCAGUGUGAUUCACACCCAAGUUGGCGAUCAAAUACAGAUAACCCUUUGCCCUGCCAAAUCAAUAGUAACUACUAUUGGCACAGGAAAAUCAAUAAUUACAGUUGUGAUUGCCGACCAAAACGAAUUACACCAUGCUCCACAUUAUCUUGCUCAAUCCUAUUGGAUGCCAGAUAUGACUUUGCGUUCUGCUAAGUUUGGUGCUGCUCAAAUAAAAAAACAGUGUAUAUUGUCAGUACAGAAAGGCAGAGAAGCAAAAACCCUCCUCCUAUUGAACAGAAUUGGCCUGCUAUAUAAGUAAGGAAGAAUACUACACAAUUGUUGCUAUGGCUUGUACUAAAGGCUUCUUUUUGCAAUUAAGGCCACUUUGGUAGUCAUUCCUAUCAAGAAGUUGAAUGCUGCUUGUUUUUUAUUUUAUUUUAUUUUAAAUUUAACAACAUUAUUGAUUCUAA